CAGCCCUCUUCUUGAAGAAGGCGACCGAAAAGCACAGCCCUGAAGCAGAGAAUAAAAGCAGCAAAACACAGCCAAAUGCGUCAGCAGCAGCCGACUCUUGCGGCUGCCUCGCUGUCGUCCCAGUCAAACCAGCAAGAGACGUACUAUUCGCUACCGUCGGAGUCGCCGCCUUCGCCAGUGUCUUAUAACUACAGCCCGCCGCCGGAAGUAGUCAUUGCGCCGAAUACGAACGUGUUCAACAACAGCUACCUCAAGAAGAAGAGCAAGAGCAAGCAGAAUGCAAAGAAGAGCAAAGGCGUUCCGCGAAAGCUGGAUGCGACGGGAACGAUAAGGUCUGAUACUCUCGAGCCGGCGAUUUCGUAUAAACCGCGAGAGCCUCUUCCGAUUGCGACAAAGCAGGAAACCAAGGAACCCGAAAAGACCAGUAAGUGGUCUUGGUUUGGCAGCAAGAGCAGCAGCGAGUCGAAAAAUGAGGAGAAGUUUGAGGAAAAGUACGCACCAAACGAGAGAAGCGCGCAGAGUUACCACAAAGACAGCACAGCAAGCAGCGGAAGCGACACAGCUGGCCAGACCUCCUCGUCCUCGUCUGACGAAGACGAGCUCUACCGCCAGCAGAUUUACACGUCUUCGCCUGUCUCGAAGAAGCAAUCGAUGAGUAAAUUGGACGGGCGAAAGUUGAGCAGCAGUUCAGGUUACUUUAGCGACCUCUCGCCGACCUCAUACCAAGCCAGCGAUAGGUUCGAGCAGUUCCCGGCCUCUGAAAUCUCCCCUCCCGAGUCUGAAGAGAUUCUUCCGGAGCCUGUGAGCGAGCCCAAGGUUUCAUGGCUCAAAGAUCUGUUUACCAAGAAGCAGGAUCAGAAGAAGAGCGAAAAAGUAAAGCCAAAGCCAAAUGAUAGGGCAGAUGGGCAGGCGAUGUUUGCUGCCAACGGACCUCCAUCUCCACCUCAGUCAGUUCUCUCAACCGCAUCGACGCUGCGAUCGAACGUCAAUGCACGCAAUCAAAGCACAGUGUCCUUACCGAUAUCGACGAGACCGCCGCUCGUCAACUCACAGUCAAAAGAUAGCGGGGGCCGAUCUCCGGAAUCUGUCGCCUCAACAGCCGCCACGAUGAAUAACGUCAACUCCAGAGCGAGCAACGCUGACCCAAACAACAGGUCAUGGGCUUUUUGGUCUCGUCAGUCGAAAGACAAGAGUUCGAAUAAUGAGGAUGGUGUAAUUGCAUUUUCAGGACCGAACCAGCAGACGUACUCCCAAAAGCAGCGGGGUCUGUCGAUCGACAACACAAGCAUGCCGGUACCGGACAAGAACCAGACAGCAACCUCACCCACAAGUUUCCGCUCAUUCUCCCGCAACGCUUCCCGUGCGACGUUAGGCGGAAUCGGGAGCUACCAGCAGAGUUAUAUGAGUGGCUCAACGACAAACCUGAACGGGUACGACAUCUACAAUGGUACGCCUGCUGGUGGAAAACUGGGCCGUGGAGGCGAGAAGAUGAAUAAUGACACUAAAUCUGUACGGACGAUCGAGACUAUUGGGAAGCCGCGGAAGGAUUUGAACACGGUCAAAUCCGCAAACGGGGCAAAGGAGACGGCAUUAAUGGCACCUGCGCCGACGAACGCUACCGGAAACAAUAUGGUGAAAGCAGAGCAGCCAAUUUUGGAAUCGUCAAAGGAGAAAGACAAAAAGAAGAAGAAGAAAGGCAAAGAGGAUCAAGUGCGGUAUCCGAACAUGGUCGUCCCCAGACUCGAAGACUGUCUUGAGCCCGAAAGUCCUCCGAGUGCGAUGUGGCAUUCGCUAAGCAAUCGGAUCGCAAGAAUAUUUGAGGAGCCUAAGCCCGCUUCCGAGACGCACCUGCGACUACACAUCACGCCGCCGCCCAAGAUCCGCAAGGCGGUCGCGAUCGGGAUUCACGGGUUUUUCCCGAUCCGGAUGGUGCGCAGUAUUAUCGGUGAGCCGACGGGCACGUCGGUCAAAUUUGCGAAUGAAGCGGCGUCGGCUAUCCAGCGAUGGGCUGAAGCGCACGGACAGGCCGAUAUGGAUAUCGAGAAGAUUGCGUUAGAAGGCGAGGGUAUCGUGCUUGAUCGGAUCGAGAACCUGUACCGCCUGUUGUCGAAUUGGAUGGAUCACCUGCACCAGGCGGACUUUGUGCUUAUUGCGGCACAUUCGCAGGGAACCCCGGUGGCCGUGCAACUUGUGGCCAAGCUGAUUGAGGAAGGGCAUGCGGACAAUACAAAGAUUGGAAUUUUGGGGAUGGCGGGCGUCUCGCUGGGACCGUUUUACGGUCUUGAUCAGAAGCUUGUUAUGCGUGCGUACUCUUCGAUCGAGCAUGAUUCUUUACGAGAGCUGUUUGCGUUCCAGAAUCCCAACAGUCUGCAGGCGCGUCGAUACAUUAGCGGGUUGCGGACGGUGAUUGCUCAUGGUGCGAAAAUCACGUUUGUUGGGUCUGUGAACGAUCAGCUGGUGCCGCUGUACUCUUCCCUCUGCGCCAAUGUCACCCAUCCUUACAUCUUCCGAUCAGUCUUUGUCGACGGCAAAACACAUGCUCCGACGUUCAUCAUCCAUCUGAUUGAGCUCUUGGUCAAGCUGCGAAACUACGGAUACUCAGACGACGGUAUUCUUCGCGACAUCAGCGACGCCAUGGCGGGCACGCUGACCGGCGGCGGCCACUCGCUGAUAUAUAACGAGAACGCGGUUUAUGAUCUCGCGAUCCAGCAUGCGCUGGAGACAAGUGAGAUGCAGGGACUCCCUGUGAGAGUCGACGAUAAGUUUGAAGUGCCUACCCCGGCGAAUUAUAAUCCUUAUCAUUUGCCGUGGAGCGUGCGCGGAAUGCUUGAGCAGGAUGUCGUCCGAGAGCAUUUCGAAGAGGACAUAACCAGAGUUCUCAACAAAUUCGACGUCUGGAAUCCAGACACAAAGCCUCUCAAAGAUAUAAAGUAUCGUCUGUCGGCGAUCCGGAGCCCCGUCACUCACGGCUCGGGCAAGAAACCUCCUGCUGGAAUGCCGGUGCCUGGUGAGAUUGGAAGCGGAGCUUCUGCUCCGGGUGUCAUGGCAAAUUGAUGUAUUUUCUAUUAUUUUACUUUUUUAUCACGCUCGUUUUUAUUUACGUUAGGUGAAUUUUGUUUACCACCACAUUCAUUUAUAUAGAGACAUGUCUCGUUACACUCACUUUGUUUGUCUUUCUGUCGUCUUCAAUUGGACUUGAGAUGUCCAACUUGUGUUUUGGAGUUACGUUGCCGCAUUUUAUCUUUGUGCUCUGUAGUUGGUGUUUUAUAGAUGUAUUAGUAUAGUAUCCGGUGUAAUUUUUAAUCAAGAGACUUUUAAUUUAUUCAUAUGUGCCUGGCUUUUUCAAUUAAAUACAACUUUAAGAUGC